AUGAGAUGCUGGCCGAACAGAACAGCCAUACGGGAAGAAAUUAUGGAAGUGCAGAGAGACCUCACAGCCCUGGAACGCAGAGUGGAGGAGUUGGAGGCCGAUAGGGCCCAGACUCAGCAGCACCAGCAAGCUUCCAAUACUUCUACCACCAGGCAAGGCAAUGUCAUUCUGGAACUCCGCAGGCAAGUCGAAGACCUGGACAAUCGGGGGAUGCGGAAUAACAUCUGCAUCAGAGGCCUCCCGGAAUCUGCAGAAGAGGUACUACCAGAGGUCUUGACGGGCCUGUUUACCCACAUACUCUGAGACGAGGCCCAGCUGACUUUGGAAUAGAGCGGGCGCUCAGACCUCCCAACAGAGAGGGGUCCCCCGUGGGACGUGAUCUGCUGCUUGCAGUCCUUCACCCUAAAAGACAUCAUCAUGAGAAAGGCCAGGCCUCAACAAGCCAUUGACUUCCUGAAUGCCCAGGUGUCUCUGUUCCAAGAUCUAUCAUCUCUUACCCUGGAGGCACGGCGGGCCCUGCGGUGGUUAACCAGACUCCUGCAAGAAAAGCGCAUCCCAUACAAGUGGGGAUUUUCAUUCAGUCUACAGGCCCGAGUUGAUAACGCCUGGCACGUGGUCCGCUGA